AUGUCGCACGAGGACUUGGCAGAGCUCUUGAAGAAGCCCCAGUUGAGCCGUUCCGGCGAGCUCUCGUACAUGCUCGCGGCGCCCCGAGUCGUCGCCAUGCUCGUCUGGAUCUUGCUCCUUUUCAACUCAGUCAAAGCUGCAGCGAAGCUUGGACUACGCGCGCUGAUUGGGAAGGCAGCGGUGGUCUGUACAACCGCGUCUGUCGCCACGACCCCGAGCUUCAACAUCAUCCAUCAAUCUCACGCAACGUUCUUGGAGGAAGCUGGACACGCCAGAGAUGUCGAGAUUGCUGGAUUCUUCAGCCACUUCUGGAACGCCUGUCUGCGAAUGUUCAUCGGCUCGGUAAACCAAUUAGGGCCGGCUGCAUUUGGUCAGAACAACGAGAACCCGUUCGCGAUGCAGCUUACUUUAUCAAUACUCCCUGGAUGGGCUGCGGCAAGCCUCGAGAUGAACGAACUCAACCAGACAUCUCGAUUCAAGAACCCAGCGCUGCUAGGAUUGUGCGCCCUUGCGAACGAUUCGCCACAGCUUCAGGCAGUAGCGGGUUCUUUCGAUGACGCUCUCUCCGCUAAAUACGACACUGUCAACAAGGCUAUAUGGGGCAUUGACAACGAUCUCAUGUUCGUGAACACGGAGGAUGCGACAUCGACUAAGGAUAUCGGUGGGUCUUCUUACUUCCUAGAGACUGCCGCCGCGGUCAUGAAGGAUGCCGUCCACCGCAUGGAACACAUGGUGGGCGAUUCCCAUACCAUCAUCAGUCCGAAGAGCUAA